UCCCCUCCCGGCGAGCUCAACAAAGGGCGUCGGGGCAUGGCGGGGGCCGGGGCUGGGCCGCCCGCUUAGCGCCGGUGCGGGCCCGGGAUGGCGGCUCAGGGCGGCGGGUGGCGGUGGGCGCUGGGGUUGGGGAUGGCGCUGGCUUUGGGGCUGGGCGGCCGCCGCUGCUGCUGUCCCGCCGCCGCCCAGCCGUUCCUCAACGCUUCGGCCGUUCCCGAGCGCUGCCGCCGCCCCGCGACCUGCGAGCGGCUCCGAUACAGCGCUUGCCUGGGAUCGGCGCUGCCUUACGCCGCUACCUCCACGCUGCUGGCAGCCGACUCCGACUCGCAGGAGGAGGCUCACGGAAAGCUCCUGCUCUGGUCCGGCCUGCGCAAUGCCCCACGGUGCUGGGACGUCAUCCAGCCCCUGCUCUGCGCUGUUUACAUGCCCAAGUGUGAGGAUGGCCAGGUGGAACUGCCCAGCCAGACCCUCUGCCAAGCCACCCGGGCACCCUGCACCAUCGUGGAGCGUGAGCGUGGUUGGCCUGACUUCCUCAAAUGCACACCUGACCGCUUCCCCGAGGGAUGCCCGAACGAGGUGCAGAACAUAAAGUUCAACAGCUCGGGGCAGUGCGAGGCACCGCUGGUGAGGACAGACAACCCCAAGAGCUGGUACGAGGAUGUGGAGGGCUGUGGCAUCCAGUGCCAGAACCCCCUCUUCACCGAGAAGGAGCACCGUGAGAUGCACGUCUACAUCGCCGCCUUCAGCUCCGUCACCAUCUUCUGCACCUUCUUCACCCUGGCCACGUUCAUUGCUGACUGGAGGAACUCCAACCGCUACCCUGCCGUCAUCCUCUUCUACGUCAACGCCUGUUUCUUCGUGGGCAGCAUUGGCUGGCUGGCGCAGUUCAUGGACGGUGCCCGCAAGGAGAUCGUCUGCCGAGCCGAUGGCACUAUGCGGCUGGGAGAGCCCACCUCCAAUGAGACGCUGUCCUGCGUCAUCAUCUUUGUCAUCGUCUACUACUCGCUGAUGUCGGGUGUCAUCUGGUUUGUCAUGCUGACCUACGCCUGGCACACCUCCUUCAAGGCUCUGGGCACCACCUACCAGCCACUCCUGGGCAAGACCUCCUACUUCCACCUCAUCACCUGGUCCAUCCCCUUUGUCCUCACUGUGGCCAUCCUGGCUGUGGCACAGGUUGAUGGUGACUCUGUCAGUGGCAUCUGCUUCGUGGGCUACAAGAACUACCGCUACCGGGCCGGCUUUGUCCUGGCGCCCAUCGGCCUCGUCCUCAUCGUUGGGGGCUAUUUCCUCAUCCGGGGGGUCAUGACUCUCUUCUCCAUCAAGAGCAACCACCCUGGGCUGCUGAGCGAGAAGGCAGCCAGCAAGAUCAACGAGACCAUGCUGCGCCUGGGCAUCUUUGGCUUUUUGGCCUUCGGCUUCGUCUUCAUCACGUUUGGCUGCCAUUUCUACGACUUCUUCAACCAGGCGGAGUGGGAGCGCAGCUUCCGGGAAUACGUCCUGUGUGAGGCCAAUGUGACCAUCGCUACACAGACCAACAAGCCCAUCCCAGACUGUGAGAUCAAGAACCGUCCAAGCUUGCUGGUGGAGAAGAUCAAUCUCUUUGCCAUGUUUGGCACUGGAGUCUCCAUGAGCACCUGGGUCUGGACCAAGGCCACCCUGCUCAUUUGGAAGCGCACCUGGUGCAGGCUGACGGGGCAGAGCGAUGACCAGCCCAAGAGGAUCAAGAAGAGCAAGAUGAUUGCAAAGGCCUUCUCCAAGCGCAAGGAGCUGCUGCGUGACCCGGGCCAGGAGCUGUCCUUCAGCAUGCACACGGUCUCACAUGAUGGCCCUGUGGCUGGUUUAGCAUUUGACAUCAACGAGCCAUCAGCUGAUGUCUCCUCAGCAUGGGCCCAGCAUGUCACCAAGAUGGUGGCCAGAAGAGGGGCUAUCCUGCCCCAGGACAUCUCCGUGACACCCGUGGCAACCCCUGUGCCACCAGAGGAGAGGCCCAACCUCUGGGUGGUGGAGGCUGACGUCUCCCCCGAGCUACAGAAGCGCAGUGGCCGCAAGAAGAAGCGGAGGAAGAAGAAGAAGGAGGAAGUGUACCCAGGUCCUGAGCACUGCCUGGGGGGUUCUGCAGCACACCCAGCCCCCAGUGCUGUCCCUCGCCUGCCCCAGUUGCCCACCCAGCCCUGCCUGGUUGCCUUUGCCCCUGAUGCCAUUCCAGGACUCCCACCUGAAGCCACCUUCUCAGGAGGACCAUGGGAUGGCCACCGCAGAGCCAACGUGUUCCACCUCAUCAGCAACCCCUUCUGCCCCGAGAAUGGGUCCCCUGAGGAGGAGAGCCCGGGCACCAGCAGCAGGCACCAGCAGUGCAACGGGAAGCUGCUCUGGCCCCCCAGCCAUGGCCCCUUGCCCCAUGGUGGUGGUGGGUCCAGGACUCAGGGCCGACGAGCUGGCUUGGCUCCCAUCCACUCUCGGACCAACCUGAUGGACACUGAGCUGCUGGAUGCCGAUUCGGACUUUUAAGCCUUGGUGGGACAUUGUGAGGUGAUGGGGACAGGUGAGAUGAGACCCAAAGCCUCAUCCAGCAUGAGGAACCUGCAGGGGACACCAAAGCUGCCUUGUCCCACUGUGAAUGGCCCCAACAUCUGAUGUCUCCACGCAGUCUCUGCCCUGGGAGGAUGGCGUUUCUUGCUGGGCAAGAAGAGCUUUGGAAGUGGCCUCCUGGCAAACACUACAAGAAGAGAAACGACCUCACCCAGGUCCUGCAGGGAUUUAAGGAUAAGGGAGGUGGAGAAGGACAGGAGCUGGUUGCCCCUACCCAGGGCUAGAAGGUCCGUAGAGCUUCCAAACACUUGUGCCAAUAGUUGUAUUUUUUACCUUAUUUUCAUUUUUGUAAAUCUUUUUUGUAACACCUUGAGAUGUGGUGGCCAGGCUGAAACCUCUCCCCAAAGGCAGUGUGUCUGGAGGGGGGGGGUCACCCUGGUUAUGUGGUCAUGAAGGUGUUGGGUAGAAGGUUGGACUCGAUGAUCUUAGAGGUCUUUUCCAAACUUCAUGAUUCUGUGAUUCUUACUAUUUUUUUUGGGGGGUGCUCCCCUAUUCCUUCAGUGGUUCCAAAGUGCCUUCAGGCUCCUCCAAGAACUGAACCAGACUCAAACUGGAGAGUUGGUGGCACGACAGUCCGUGGGGAAGAGCCAGAAUGGGUGGUUGGUGGGAUGGCAGUCCUUGGGGAGAUACUGAACCAGACCCAAACUGGAGGGUUGAUGGGAUGGCAGCUCCUAAAGAGGAGCCUUACCAGACCCAGAGUAGAGAGUUAGUGGAACGGCAGCCCCUGGCUACGGGAGAUGGGUCUGGUGGAGCUAUGUUGGGGUGCUCCUCAAGCCACGAUGAGAUAGAACCCCACAGUUUAACCCCAUCCAUGGGGUUGCCUUUGCUUUCUGAGUGCUCCAACCCCCUGAGCAAUGCUGAUUAUUGCUUUUUAAGGGAAAACAAAAGCAAUUUAGAGCACACCUUGAGGUGGGAGACAUUCAGUCCCUGCUGGUGUCCCUCUCUGUCAUCCCCACACACGCCUCUGUUGCACCCUGGGAAUCACCUGGUUGACUUCUUUAUCCCAGUGACCUCCAUGGGUGGGUUGUUUUUUUUUUUGCUGUAUAAAGGAAAAGCCCUCCUGUAUCAGUAUUAAAUUUGCCAAGUUUCCAUUGCCAAUAUCUGCCCUGGAUUUUUUUGGGAGGCCCCAAGAACAAAGUUUGGUCUAAAAGUCUCCAACUCUUUUCAAACCUCCUUUAAACACUCCUUGAAAUGGCUUAAAUUGCUUUAAAUUGCCUUAAA